AUGGCUGAAGUUGCGUACGUAUUGAGCCGUAUGAUGAUGCCGGAUGAUGCCAACGGUCUAGGAAAUGUACAUGGUGGAGAGGUACUAAAGUUAAUGGAAGAAGCAGGCCAUAUAGUAGCAACAAGGCACUGUAAUGCUGGUAAUUAUAACAAUUCUUGCUCACCAAGAGUAGCUGUACUAGCCCGAGUUGAACAGAUGGAUUUUUUGAAGCCAAUGUUCAUUAGUGAAGUUGCUCAUGUAACUGCAGAAAUUACCUAUGUUUCACAGCAAUCGAUCGAGGUCAAGAUUAAUGUUUAUGCAGAGAAUAUUUUAAAAAAUGACCAGCGAUUUACAAAUCGGGGAAUUUUAUGGUAUGUAGCGGUGAAAGCUGUCGCUUCUACUGAAUAUGCGGUUAGUACCGUUCCACCCCUUACUUAUAAGGAUCCUCAAGACGAAGAAGACGGUCGAAAGAGGUUUGAGUUUCAGAAAAGAGAUCGUCAAGCUAGUAAGGAACUAUAUAAGUUGUACGAAUCAGGUCAGCCUUUGGUCAAUGAUUGGAAUGGUAGUGGAAUAGUAGCUGAUAGUACUGAAAAAUAUACUGUCAAGAGAUCUCAAUCUACUUUGAUACACUCUAUACUUCCAUCUGAUUGUUACUCGUCCAAGUUUUCCACUGGAGGUUCGGUUAUGAAGCUUAUGGACACUGCUGGUGCUCUAUCGGCCAUUCGUCAUAGUAAGACGCCAUGUGUAACAGCAUCUAUUGAUGCUAUCAAUUUUCAUCACCCUAUGAGGCAAUCUAACGUGAUAACUAUUUCUGGAAGAGUUACUUUCACAUCGGCUAAGUCGAUGGAAGUUGAGGUGAUUGUUAUCACGGAAGAUUUAAGUACUGGUAAAAAGCACUUUUCGUGCAGUGCAUUCUUUAACUUUGUAUCGGUUGAUAGCAGUGGUCGAGUACUCCCUGUUCCACCACUUGUUUUAAAAACUGAUUCGGAAAAGAAACGCUUUGAAAGCGGAAAACAGCGGUACUCAGCUAGGAAGCAACGUCGGUUAUCGAGAGAGACGACCAAAAACUAG